CGGCGGAUUCAGUCUCUUCCUCUCCGGCAUAGCGUAAGGAACACACACACGGCUGAGUUAUACGAAGGACAGGAAAUAAACCGAUUCAUGUCUGGUAACAAAAUAAAAUAUUCGUCGUACUCAAAACGUCAUCGUAGAUAUUUAGUUGCUACUGAAACACAGGAUGAUUUGGACAGAUUCCGAUAUGUAAAUGAUGAUGAUGAUGAUGAUAUUCAAUUUUGUGAGGAUCUUGAAGGAGUUACGGCUAUUCGCAUCAUUCUUCUACCGAUAACUUGCAAGCUGCUAGCUCAUCAUCUUCUCAAUCCAAUAGUGAUAAUCCUCCAUCUAAAUCUGAUCUGGCUAAUAAUGAAUCUGAUGAUAAUGUGAACUCUGAUAGCGAUACGGAAAAUUGUAGUUCAGAUGAUGACCCAUUAUCUGAUGACGAAGAUUAUGGAUGUGACUAGUUCGAUGAAGACAACAUCAAUGCUGCAGGUAACAGAUAUGAAUGUCACGACUCACUGGUAAGUAACGAUGGGAUACAGAGUUCUGAAUUCAUGUCAGAUUUAAAGUGGUGGGCAAUAAAAUACAGAAUUUGUUUGAAUGCAAUUAGUGACCUCUUACAAAUUUUAAAAAAACAUAUUCCAAUAUUAUCAUUUUUGCCUAAAGAUGCCAGAACUUUUUUAAGAACACCGCGUGAAAAUAAUAUAAUUAAAUUAGCAGGCGGAUUAUAUUGGCAUUGCGGUUUACGUAAUUUUAUUGAAAAAUUAAUAAUUGACUAUGAUAAAUUAGCACUCCCAUCCAAUAUCGAUUUAAUUUUAAACAUAGACGGUUUACCUUUAGCUAAGUCCUCUAAAGUUUUGUUUUGGCCUAUUUUAGUAUCCGAUAUUAAGUUAAAGAAUGUUUACAUGGUAGGUUGCUAUUAUGGAAAUAGCAAACCAACCAGUGCAAAUGAUUUCGUGAAAGAAUUGAUUCAUGAAUUAAUUAAUAUAAAUAAUAAAUUGCCUAUACAAGUUUCACUUUAUGCAAUUGUUUGUGAUGCUCCAGCAAAAUCGUUUUUAUUGUCCACCAAAGGUCAUAUCGGAUAUGGCAGUUGUUCAAAAUGUUACAUUCAAGGCACGCAUAAAAAUAGUAAAGUUUGUUUUGUUGAAAAUGUUCCAAGUCAUCUUCAAACUGAUACAGAUUUUCUUGAGCAAACGGAUGUAGAUUAUCAUAAGGGGGAAACAAUAUUAACAAUAGUUCCUAAUUUAGGUUUAGUGACAAAUGUACCGUUAGAUUAUAUGCAUCUUAUUUGCUUGGGAGUCGUUAAAAAAUUAUUGAUUUUAUGGAUAAAAGGAUCUCUUUCGAUACGUUUAAAUUCUACUCAAAUACAAAAAAUUUCAAAAUUAUUAAUAAAAAUUAGAGAACGAACUCCUAUAGAAUUUGUAAGAAAACCAAGAAGUCUUAACAAUGUUAUGUAUUGGAAAGCUACAGAGUUCCGCCAAUUUUUAUUGUAUACAGGACCCGUAGUGCUAAAUGAAUUUAUACGAGUUGGAAACAUUAUUUCAUCCAAAAUAAAAGAACAUAAAAAUGUUUCACAAAAAGAAUCCACAGUAUUAUUGAAUAAGCUUGCAGUAGAACAAAAUAUAGAAUGUACCAAUUCUACUACAAACAAAAAGGAACAACUCCCGUUAAGACCUUUUAAAAACAAAGAUGCAGAUUAUAAUACCAAUAAAGGAUUAUCAAAAGUUUUUAGAAAGCUAAAUAAGUUACUCCAGGAGGUCUAUAUAAUGAAAGAAGACAUCGCAGAAAUAAAAGAAAACGUUGUACCUAAUAGAUUCAAGAAUGAUAACCGCAGCGAAGGUUUACACAUUGUUAACAGGAAAGUCAUUGAUGGAAAAAAAAUCUUUAUUGAAACGUUGGAUGAUCUGGAUAUACUGGAGAGUGCUUUAGAAGAUACUGAAUAUUUCCAAAAAGUUGGUACAGCUCUUUGUCAAAUUGGUGGAGACAACGUAAAAAGUAUUACACGAAAUGUCCUGUUUGAAAUCCGGUCAAACAAAAUUGCGGCAGGCUUCAGUUGGGCGAGAGUCAGAGGGAAAAAGGGUUUCAAAGAUUUAAAUAUAACCAAACUAGAGUUCGAGUUGUGGUGCAGAGCCAGCAAAUCAAUACGUCGGAAACGGAAAUUGACAAUUUUAUUGGGAAGUGGCUGGUCCAAGCCCCGUUAAGAUGCAAGAGAGAAAUAGCGAAGAUCAACAAACCAGUGAAUUCAAAAGACAACAGUGACGAUAAAAAUUCUGAUCUUUAGCAUUCUGAUGAAAUCUUAUUCAUCAAUGAUUUGAUAUCGUAUUCAGAGUUAAAUAGAAAUAGUUAUAGUUAAAAAAAAGAGAGAGUUUAUUUUUUGUUAUAAUCUAAUAAGAUUAUAUAUACUUACGUUUUGUCGACAUUUACGUUUUUUGAUGUUUAUUUUCUAUAUUUGUCAGUGCAAUAUAAAAUUAGUUUCUUA